AAACGUGCGUCUCAUCUCGCCUCUCGUAAAUCAUACGAUUUGCCAUUCAUUAUUUGCACGUACAUAUAAUUACGAUAACUGCAGUAUUACCGAUAAGAUAGAAAAGUGGUUGGUGUGAGUAUGAUUUCGGAGAAGUGAUUCAUUCUCACACACUUAUUUUUUUACUUCGGGCGUGAUAGAUACAUAAGUUAAUUAACGAGUGAAAUAAUUAGCAAAAUUCUUGCUAAAAAAUGGCAUUAAAUACGGAUCGGUUCGGCUCGAGGAUUGGAAUUUUGAAGAUUUUAACGAUUGUGUUUGGCAUCAUCACGGUGGGAUUUAUUGGGUACUCGUACUACGAUGUGGAAGGGCUUGACGAAGCGUACCUCUCAUGUGUCAUCAUCUGCCUGAUCGUGUCCUUCUUGUGGGCGCUGGUCAUCAUUUUCGAUGUCAUCCAUGAGUCCGAGAGUUUAAAGAAACUUGACAUGCUUUUCCACAUGAUUGCCACCGUUUUUUACUUGAUCACCUUGCUCUGCUUCGUCAUAUCUUUGAUUAAAUGGAGGUCCGGCAAGAGGAAGACCGAUUAUCGGCUGUGGCAAAGGAUAUUCGCAUUCAUUUUUGGCGUCAUUACGAACGCCGUGUAUGGCUACACAGCCCUUCUCCUCUACCAUUCGACGGACUGAUGAAAUUUUUCGAAAUACCUUUAAACUACUUUAUCAUUUCGACCUUAUCAUAAAUAAUAGAUCGGGUAUUUAACCUCAUUUUACAGUGAUUUCAUCCAAUUGAAAUAAAACACCCAGUGUUAAAAAAGUACAACUAACUCUUCCCAUUCCUUUAAAAAAUUAUAUUCUGCAUAAAUUUGGGACAAUUUUUGCGUGAUACUUCAUUCUCACAUCUUUAAGAUUUUCGUUGUGGAUUUGAGUUUGUUGUAUAAAAUCCUGUUAAAAAUCUGCCUUUGCACAAUUCUUUUAGUUGAAUUACUCAAAAUUCCGGCAGAAAAUACUUAUGUAUUUACAUAGCCCGAGUCAGGUUGUUAUCAAUAAUUGAGGUGCUAUAAUAUGUACCACCGCUAUAACUUAUUUCCACACAUUUUGCUUUUCAUCUUCCGACAUGAUUCCUAAUUUAGCAUAUUCUACGUGUGUCCAAAAUUUCGCGUCGAUUAGAUAAGUUUUAUUUGUAGGAGCGUACAUAAUCGAUAGAUAGACAGACAGACGAUAACCAUGACGCGUACAUAAGCCCUGACUCGGGCUGCUAAAAAUUGCAAGAAUUUUUUUUGCCGAGUAGCUCAGCUCACUAAUGACAACAUCAAUUUCCGAAUUGUCUAACAAUUUCCGACCAACAGAAAUACAGAAUUAGUCUUAUCUGCUAUUAAGAUCUUAUCUGCAUACAUUAUCCAAUGGGUAUCAUCAUCUCAACCCUAGCCGCCAUUCCACGCAUACUUUUCGCCGACAUAAAAGAAAUGCCGUGCGAAACUGUGCCAAUUUGUUUUCUGCGAGAGGAAGAUUAUUCAAUUACAGGAACGAUCCGUUCCGGCGCGCAGCAGAAGUGGAACCACUCGCUCUACUCGAUGAUCCACGUGGACCUCAAGACGCGUCUCCUGCUCUGGCCGGCCAUCCAGAAACGCAUGGACCGAACGGAGGCGUCCCUCAAGUACACCAAUUGCAGUUUGGAAAACCUCGUCGAAAAGUUUCCGGAAUGGGAGGAGAAAAAAAUCUAUGAGGCGCACGACCUCUUCCAAGCCUUCGAAGUUGAUGGUGAUGGACUCAUCGAAAUCGCAGAAAUGAGCGUCGGUCUCGACAACUUGGGCGACACGAGCUCAAAACAGGAUCGUCUCACGGAACUCAGCAUUGGCGACGAAGACGGCACAGGUUCUAUCGACUUUGAAGAGUUCCUCACAAUCCUCUACGACCAGCAACAGGUGACAAAAACGCCGACCAAGUUGGCCAAAACGUUCAUGAAGGUUAACGACGACGUGAAAAUGAUUCGAUGGAUGUCCACCGUCCAACAAAUUCAUGCCGGAUAUCUUUAAUUAAGUAAUUAAAUUUACAUAUUCAUUUAUUUAUUUAUCCCCAAAAAAUAAAACUUUGUUUCAAAAUAUAA